CCUAAUCAAUUGGUUUAGAUUUACAUAGAAUUAUUCAUGUGUGACUGAUGUAACAUUAUAUGACGAAAGUUAAUAGAACAAUUUAGUGUACAUGAUGUAGAUAACUGCACAAGUGCUGCCUCAACAUUACUCUCAGUUAUCAGCUGAUGUACACAGGCUCAGUUCUGAAUAGCAUUCUAUCUGACAUCCUACAUAUGAUAUUUUAGCAAUGGUUCAAGCCCUCUGAACUUAUUCCAGGCUGUCACUACUGGCAUUGCAAGUAACAGGAAAGCAUGCAUUUUACAUAUGUGGUGCUUUUUAAAUGAAUCGGGUAGUCGCUGCUCCUUUUAAGUCUUUCAUUCAAUAUCUAAACAGCACUCUGUUAAAUGCAUAUUUUUCAGGUACAUUAUAGUAGAAUAAUGUAAAGAGACUUCAAACAGCUGAAUUCUUUACCCCUCAGCAUUCCUCUUCCUUAAAUAGCCCAGAUUUAACUAUGCACAAAGUGAUCCAAUAUUAAAAAUGAAUGCAAUAGUUUGAGAAGGGAUUAUCUACAGACAACAAUUUCAUCCUUAUCUUCUUAGUAAAAGGGUUGGGCUGUAGUGAAAGAUUUUUGCCAUUGCAAUGUCCUGCCUUACCUGUUCUUGCGAUAACCUUCCUGUUCUGGCUGCAUUUGUAUUGGCUGUCAAGCCACUCCUUAGUGUCAACAGUGUGCUUUCAUCAGAGAAGGUCCUGCUCUCUCAGUGCUCCUCAAAGUGGGACACGUAGUAGCAGGAUAUGUGACUGCUUCGUGUAUGUGGUAGGAAUCAGGAUAUACGCAAAACUGUGGUCUGGCUGCCUCUCAUUCCCCCAUGCCUGUUUCUCCAGGCUAUGCCCGUCUGGACCAAAAUGAGCCCAUGAACUCUUUGCGCAUCUCAGUAGGAGGACUUCCAAUGCUGACCUCCAUGACCAACCCCACAGACCCCCGCUUCCGCAUCAAAUGGAGAGCCAUCAUCCUUGUAGUGACUAUAAUAACUCUUGUCCUCCUUAUCUACAUGCACUUGGCACCUAUUCGCUCACAGCCAAAUGGCAGAUAUGGUUGGAGGUUAAACCACCCAGAGGCUGUGGGUGAGGAUCAGUACAAUGACACUUACCCCCUUAGUCCUCCUGAGCGCACCUCCCAGGGCACACGUUACCGCAUUGGGGUCAUUGCUGACUUGGACACACACUCAAGCAUUGAGAAUAAGCUGACCUGGUUCAGCUACAUGCGGAAGGGCUACCUACUAGUGUCGGAAAGUGGAGACAAAGUGGCAGUAGAGUGGGACCCAGAAAGAGUGGUGCUGGAGAGCCAUCUAGCUGAGAAGGGGCGAGGCAUGGAGCUUUCAGAGUUGGUAGCUUUUAAUGGGAAGUUGUAUAGCGUGGAUGAUCGUACAGGUGUGGUAUACAACAUAGAUGGAAAUAAGGCAGUGCCUUGGGUUAUACUGCCAGAUGGUGAUGGCUCUGUCUCUAAAGGUUUUAAGGCAGAGUGGCUUGCUGUAAAGGACGACCACCUGUAUGUGGGUGGUCUUGGAAAAGAGUGGACCACCACUACAGGAGAAGUGGUCAACAACAAUCCUGAAUGGGUGAAAGUGGUGGGCUUCCGUGGAGAUGUGCAGCACCAGAACUGGGUUUCCAAGUACAACUCUCUCCGCAGUGCAGCUGGAAUCAGUCCCCCAGGCUAUCUCAUCCAUGAGUCGGCCGCCUGGAGUGAUACUCUGCAGCGCUGGUUUUUCCUGCCGCGUCGUGCUAGCACAGAGCGCUAUGAUGAAACGGAAGAUGAACGGCGUGCCACGAACCUGAUGCUCUGCUGCACUGCAGACUUCACAGAUAUUGUAGUAAGCCAAGUGGGACCCUUAAAUCCCACCCAUGGCUUCUCCUCUUUUAAGUUUAUCCCAAACACGGAUGACCAGAUCAUAGUUGCCCUGAAAUCUGAAGAAGAUGCUGGGAAGAUAGCAACCUACAUCUUGGCUUUCACUCUUGAUGGCCGUGUAUUGCUUCCUGAAACAAAGAUUGGUGAUGUGAAAUAUGAAGGACUUGAGUUCAUUUAGUGCCAAAAGAAUGAUCCAGAAAAAUCAGUUUAGAUGUUUCCUUUUUUACUUUUGUGUGAUAGGGCCUUUUUGGACAUUAAACAUGUGAGCUGAAGGUGUGACUUCAGUUUCACUCAUGUCUUGUAAAAAGUGGGGUUGGGGUUAUUUAUUUAGAGACAGAAUAAAAAGGCGCACUGUUCAACUCGUCAGUGAGCGUCUCCUCAGAGGAUGUGCCAAGAACUCUGGAAGUUUAUUGUUUUUAUAGUUAGAUGCUACUCACUGCUUUUGUGCUCUCAUGCUAGUAAAAUACUGAUUUGUGAAAUGAAUGUAAUUGAGUUGAAUUGAACACAAAAUGCAGUCAAAGUCUUGCACAUACAGAUACAUAUACUUCUAAAGAUGUUUGUACUGUACCAAAUAUGAUUGUGCUGAAUGUCGUUUUUUACAUGAAAGAAUCUAAACACUUAUCUAAUCUCCUGUU